AGCUUCCUCCAUACCCUCUCACCCUCUCUUUUGUCUCCCUUUUUGUGUGGUGGUGGAGGAUAAUGGAAGCUCCGGAGGAAGUCGCUAUGGGGUCCAAUGAACAGACCAACAUCGUCAAAGGGAAGAGAACCAAGCGUCUCCGCCCUCAAUCCCCCACCCCUUUCCCUCACUACAGCGGCGGAGAUGAUACCAAGAGUUCUUCCUCCGAAUAUGUAAGCACCGAGGAGGAGGAGGAUAUGGCUAAUUGUUUAAUCCUCCUCGCUCAAGGCCAAUCCAGGGAUCAAUCUCCAAAACAGGACGACGUUGACACCGGAGCAAUUUGCCAUAAAUUCAAUAGUAGGAGGUUCAUGGAGGCGCCUUCUACCGGUGGCGGCAAAGCAGGGUACUAUGUUUACGAGUGCAAGACUUGUAACAGGACGUUCCCGUCGUUCCAAGCUCUCGGCGGCCACAGAGCCAGCCACAAAAAGCCAAGGGCUUCCAUCAUGGCAGUGGAGGAGAAGAGGCAUUUCUCCGAUGAAGAAGGAGGACAGUUUUCGCAAUUCAUCAAGAACAACAACACGAUCUCUUCUAAUUUAUCUCUUCAAUUGAGUAACCAUAACAAUAACAGGGGAGGUUUGUUUAGCAAUAACAACAAGAGGGGUAAGGUUCAUGAGUGCUCAAUUUGCGGGGCGGAGUUCAACUCCGGUCAGGCCUUAGGCGGUCACAUGAGGAGGCACAGAGGGCCGACGGGGAGCUCCAGCACCACCUUGUCAUUGACACCCAUGGCAGGGUCUAUGGAAACAGAGCAACCCAAGAAACAGAGGAGCGUUUUGUCCUUAGACUUGGAUCUCAAUCUUCCAGCCCCGGAAGAGGAUCACCGGGAAUCUAAGUUCCCCUUUGCUUCCAAGCAACAACAACAACCGAAGCAGCAGCAGCCGCCGCCGCAGCAACAACAACCACAAUCGCAACCGCCUCUUGUCUUCUCCACCCCUGCUUUGGUAGGAUGUCAGUACUGAUCCACAAAUGGUUAAACCCAAUUUUUUCCCUUUUAAUUCUAUAUCACACACACAUACGAUCCAAAGCAGGAUUUGGUGUUAAUCAAUCACCAACAAAUAUUAUUUUGAUUUUUUCCACAUUUAUACAAAAAUUUACAAGAUUUUUUCAAUUCUUCCCCUUCAUUGAUCAAAUGUUCGUGAUUAUACGGAGUUGAACUCGAACUCGAACUCAAUUCUUUGAUAAAGGAAUGAAUACUAUUAUGCCUU